AUGUUACCUACGCCGGGUUGCAUACCCUGUCCUGGUUACUUCAUUUUAUCUCAUUUCAGUUGGAAGCUUUUGUGGAUGACCUUUUCGCAGUUCACCACAAGAUUCGAGAUUGAAUUUCUACCCGUCUACAAUCCCAACUCCGAGGAGCGUAUGGAUCCCCGACUAUAUGCCAAUAACGUGCGAUCCAAGAUGGCAGAGGCUUUGAACAUCCCAACUUGUGAUCUGUUGUACGAUGACUUUUGUCGAUUUCAAAUAGCCAACGAAUGUGGUCUGCCUGAUCCAGAGGGUAUGGUUUACCUGCAUGCACUCCUUCGCACUGCAUUCUCUUUUGAACGGUUUGAAGACCCACGGCAAUGCGAAAAUGCGGGUUACCGAGACUGGGUCCACGUACGCCUGGAGAAAUUACUCUCCAUUGCGCGACACAAGAGUUAUUUAUCACAACUGGCCUUCAUCAAUGCAAUCUUUCCAAACGUGCAGCCCAAUGAACGUGAGACGUUUUUGCUCAACAAGGCAGUCCAACAUUACACCACCGAGUCCUCGACUGGGGUGGAUUUUCGAAUGUUCAUCACACGAGCUUGCCUGUUCCUCUUCGCCUCAGACUUGCGUACGGCUAUACGAUAUGCUGUCAAAGCUUUCCCCCCCAAGGAACCCUAUUUCCCCAACUCACCAACUGAACCUCUUGCGGUGAGCAGCGGGUCGUAUGACCGGAUCCGAACCUGGGCCAUCAGGCACUCUGAUGCAAAGCAGUUGAUACUGUACGUUUUCAACGCACAACAACAGAGUACUGACAUCUUCGAACUGAUCAACCUUUCAGUUGAAUACUUUGAUCAGGAUCCCAUGACCAGCGAGAUCAAUGAGUCUGCACCUGUUCAUCCUGACCGUUUAUAUGCAGCUUUGAACGCCGUUCCCCUACCAUUUCCAAGGAGUUACCUCCAGUUUGAAACACUACUUUCCAAAACGUUGGGCAAACGCGGUCGUCCACUGCUGCAUAUCGAUGGGACUAUCACAAGUGAUCUGCAAGCCAGUAAGUGUAGUUUCAACACGUCUGAGCUUGCCUCAUAUCGGCGAUCUACUUCUGCUGGGACAUGCAAUAGUGACGCUCUUAGUGAACCUUGUGUUACAAAUAGUUCGGAUAAAAGUCGCAAAUCGCUACCGUACGCUGUGUUCUCAUCUACCCCACCGCUCGUUGAUUCGAACCACAAUCAGACUUGCGCUGCUGCCUACAGACGAACGCUACCGAGCUCACCAUUCGGUAACAAACUUGGCAACACCUAAUCAUUUUGAGCCGUUUAUCAAGACUCGCAAUUAUACAGCGUUCAACUUUUUGUCACUUUUUCCAGUUCAAUUGUUCUGUUCAGAUUAUGUUUGAACCUCUACUCCUAUCUGGUUGUCUACGUUAUGAAAUUCAUAUUUUUCUUGUUGAUUGGACCCUGUCACCCGACAGCAAAGGCUUCCAUGUUCUUUCCUGUGCGCGCUUGCUUUGCAUUGCGAUUACCCUUGCACAUUCGCCCUCCCAAUUCGCGGCAUUCAGCCGCAUCCAUGUUUUUCGUCUGCCUUCCAUUUGUUCGAUCCGUACGUUCACCAGUUCGUGUAAUAUUUUUGUUGAUUCUCCUAAUAGAGCCUCUUAUCCCUUGUUCUUUUCAUUGCAUCUCUGAGUUUCGUGCCCAGUGUAUGUUUGUUGGAACUGUGUUUGCC